AUGUUAGAAUAUUGGCCUGGAGAAGAUUCUGAAGAAUGGAUUAGAGAUUUUAGACAAUAUUGUGAAGCAUCUGGACUUGAUCCACUUGCAGAUACUCAAUCCAGAGUAAAAAUUCAUGGACUUUUUGAGACUUGUUUAAGAGACGAUGCAAAAGAUUAUGACAAUACUAACUUGGCUAAUCUUGGUGCUAUUAAUGGAUUGGCCAACAAUAAUGCAUUGCGUGCUAUUAAUGCCAAUCAGUUUCAAGGCGGAGCUCUUCAAAUAAGAAAUACAGUUCCAGCCGACAACAAUGCAAUUGCUAUACCAUUAGUACCAGCACAUACUGAGGAAAUAUUAUAG